UCCAAAAUACAGUCGGUCUCACCAUCUCUCUCGGUCUCCGAUUUGACACAGUAUGAACGAACCCCACAUCUUCAUCACUUUCCACCCAAUUUAGAUCCCUUCAGCUUCAACCUGUCUCUCUUUCUCUCUCGGUGAAUGUGAUACAAAUACCAAAUUAUAUUAUCUUUGCAACUAUGUAUUGUUUCAAAUAGUUGUAUCAACCCCUACAAUUUGAUCACCAGAACAAAAUUGUUCAUGAAUACAUUUGGGAAUUGGGAGGGAGUAUGUAGGCCGCUGAAGCAACAAGAAAUUGAACCAGGCCAGUGAUGGAGUUACUUGAGGUUGAGGCCCAGGGUGCGCGGAAAGAGCCCAUUAUUUUAAUAAUAUACAAAUAUGUUGAAGUGAAGCCCAAGACAACAAAGUCGAUGUCCAUGGAUCCCUAACCUAACUGGAUUACCUCACCACUCGACCACCACCGCCUGCUCAGCUGCUUCUUCUCCACUUCUCUGGAUCCAUGAUCUGAGAAGGAAGAACACAAACAGAGGAAACUGAAGAAGCAAGCUAUCUUUGUCUUUAUCUAUUUUGUGAAGGUAUGGUUACUUGUUCAACCCUUACUCAUUCACCAAUGGCGAUUUCAUCACUCGCUGGUAUAUCAAUCUCUAAAACUCUAAUUAGAACACCAACCUCCAUCCCAGUUUACAAUCACCUCAACAGAACCCACAACCCCCUUAGAUUAACCCCCUCCACAAAUCUCAAAUCUAAACUCCCCCUCUCUCUCCUCUUCAAAUCCCACGCGCACAAAUCACUCACCCUAAAUUCCCACCAACCAACCCAGAUAAAAUCCCUCUUCACUGGAAUCGUCGAAGAAAUGGGACAAGUCAGGCAACUGGGCUUUGAUGAAUCCGGUGAAUCAUUCGACAUGAUAAUCCAUUCACCAACCGUACUUGAAGAUGUCAACCUUGGCGACAGCAUAGCCGUAAAUGGCACUUGUUUAACAGUCACAGAAUUCGACCCCCAACGAUUGGAAUUCAAAGUCGGGCUGGCUCCUGAGACUUUAAGAAAAACCUCAUUAAUCGAACUGGAACAAGGUUCAGUUGUCAAUUUGGAGAGAGCUGUGAAACCCUCAACCCGAAUGGGAGGCCAUUUCGUGCAGGGUCAUGUGGAUGGUACAGGGGAGAUUGUUUCGAUGGAACCAGAAGGAGAUUCUUUGUGGAUUAAGGUGAAAACAUCACCAGAGAUAUUGAAAUUUAUCGUGCCAAAGGGGUUCAUUGCGGUGGAUGGGACUAGUUUGACCGUCGUGAAGGUGUUUGACGAAGAGGAGUGUUUUAACUUCAUGUUGGUUGAGUAUACACAGCAGAAAGUCGUGAUUCCAUUGAAGAAAGUUGGGCAGAAGGUGAAUUUGGAAGUGGAUAUAUUGGGGAAGUAUGUGGAGAGACUUCUGAGCAGUGGAUUUGUGGAGAGUAUUAAAUCAAGAUGAUCCCAUUUUAAAGGUACUGUUUUUAAGCAUUUAGUUUGAGGUGGAGCUACAAUACAAUGUUUGUGUAAUAAUUUGAGUUUUAUGCUUCAAAUAUAAGUUCUCAGAUCUUGUUUUGGUGAUCAUUUGCUUCUUAAAUGGGGUUGACAGAAUAUGUUGCAUUUCAAGUUCUGAUA